UAGCAUGAUAUCUUUUGGAUUAAAAUUUAAUCUUUAAAUUUAGGGUACAUUAUCUCCCUGCUAUGGAUUUGAUUUACAUUCAGUAUAUCCUAGUUUAUUUUCUGUAGGAGGGUUUUAUGCCAGCUUCAAAGGAUUGCAUUUGGUUCUUGACAUGAAUCUGAGCCUUCUAGUUUGGAUUCAUAUAACGAGAGGUGCAAUGCACUGGCUGGAUUCUACAAAUAGUAGACAAUGUUAUCCAGCUUUCCCAUGAGUACUCCAACUGUGGUCAACUUCACUCCUUGGUUCAUAAUAUUAGGUAUGUGAAAAUUACACCUAUCUUUGCUCUCUAUAUUAGUCUCUUCAAAUCCACAUUAUACAUUUAUAUUUCCAUCAAGUAAAAGUUCAAUUCUAUUGCGUUUGGUUUUGAAGAGUGGGAAUCCGAGUGUGAAAUAAAGUUGAUUCAUUUGUCUUAUGGUGUGACAAUCAUCCCAAAGAGUACUUUCGGCUACCGUCUUCGAGUAGGCUUAGUAAGACGAUAAUUGGGGAAUCUUAACGAGCAACUGGGAGAGAUAGGAAAGCAGACAGUAUUUUGAAGUAGGUGAAUUGAAAAUUUGAUCUAACCUCUUCAGACUUAUCGAUAUGUUUUUGUGUACUAAAACUGAAAGUUAGAGAAGUUAGCUUAAUGCUUCAUCUUCUCCAACCAAACCACACUGUCAAAUCUUUAGAAAGGAUUCAGGCUAGCCAACUUAGAAGGAAACUUUCUGCUAACUGAUAUGCUUGAGGAUACAAAUGAAAACCUUAUCUUUGUUUGUCUGCUCAUCUAAGUAUUCCAGACAUGUUAUGUUAACAUUUCUGUUCUUUUUAUUUAUUUAUGAAUCUGCCACAUUUUUAUAACGGAUUGAGAGAAAGUUGAAUCUAUACUACUCUGAUUUUGUUUCAUUGUUUGGCCAUUAAUUCUUUCAAUUUUUAACACGGCUCAGAAUCAAUCAGAAUGUGGAUUUUACGAACUGAAAUCGUGGCCACAUUGUUCACAACUGACACAUAGCAAUUUGGCAUGAUUCUUUGUGGGAGUUCCUAUUCAUGAUAAUGCAAAGGUAUGGACAUUGCCAUAAAAUCUGCAACCUUGCUUGAAAUCUGAACUGAGAAGAAGAAUUGAAUGAUAUUGCCUGAAAAACUUGCACACAAAAAAACAAAGCCCUUUUGAUUCCAUAUUGGAUGAUCCCAACAAGCAUCUUCACUUUAGUAUAUUCUUUUUGGAACAAAAAAGGCAUCCAUUUCCAUGACCCAUGUAAGAUAGUAAGUGGCUUGGCACCAACCAACUGCCAUGAGGGGAAUUUUAUAAGCCCUUAGCCAAACUCAUUAGAUAAGUAAUUUGGAAGUUACUUAAUCUCAAUGAUCACAACUACCAAUUCAGCCUCUGCUUUAACUAAAACUUCCAAGUUUUUAUCUCUUGGACGACAGAUUCUCACAAGGACAACUGAUGGCAUUUUUGUUGUUGUCGUGUGUACUUACUUUAUUAUCUAAAUGCAUUGUAGGCUCCAAACUUAUCCUUGGGAACAAUUGUCUACUCCAAGAGAUGCUCAGCUGAGGAACAAGUCAUGGAGUUCAGGAAGUUGACAGUUGAUGCAGAUUUUGCUACAAGUCUUUUUAAUAGAAAGGAAGAGAAAUGUUUUAUCCCUCAUCUUCUUCAAUUUAGCGUCGUAUCGUGUUCAGAAGAUUCAACUAGUUCAAUUGGAUCGUCGUCGUCGUCGUCCAGCCUCUGUGACGACGAUGCAUUAUCGUCAUUUUCAUCUUCUUCUUCGUCGUCAUCUUUGUUAUCUCAAAGAGAAGUUUGUGAGGAACAACAGCUGCUUUCUAUCAAAAAAGGGUUGUCAAAAUUUUAUGAAGGGAAAUCACGAACCUUCUCAUCCUUAUCCGACGUGAAAUGCGUAGAAGAGUUAGCAAAGGGAGAGAAUGAUUAUAGAAAGAAAUACUCUCGAAUUACUCCCAAGGCUACCAUAUCAAAGAAGCAUGGAAGAGUCUCUCUUGCAACCUUAGUGUCUAAGAUGGACAUUUCACUUCGCCCCGAGUAAAGGGAAGCUCGAACUGGUGUCAAUUUUAACAGGCGGUUCUAAAAUUUACUUGAUACGGGAAAAUGAUGAAAUGUUUUUUUUUCUUUUGUUAAUAUACUUCGAGUAUAAGACGAAUAUGAGCAAGUUUUAUAAUUUUGAUUUCGGGCUUUCGAGCUAAA